CCGAAGGGUGCGUGGGCCAACGGUCCGCCUGCGCCCGACCUGGUCGCGACCAUCACGGCUGCGCUCGAACGGAAGUUCGACCAGAAGUUCAAGAGCCUCAAGGACCCGAAGGCUCAGGUCCCCGAGGCUGCUGAUGGUGACGCUGGCGCUCCUGGUGAUGAGCAGGAGCAGCGCGGCGCCCGCAUCGACUCCCUUGAGAAGGCUCUCAAGCAGCUUGGCGAUGUCGACUCCUCCGACCCCGCCAGAGUCUGCCUCGAAGAGCAACUUCGUGAUGCCCGCAAGGCUCAGCGUGAAGCUAAGCCACAGUUGCAGCAGCACACCAACGUGGCGUUCCGGCUUCAGGCGGCCCAGCGCAAGCAGGCCAAGGCUACUGAAGCCGUCGGCGCCCAGCAGAAAGUUAUUGAGGCGGCUCAGAAGUCGCUGCUUGAGUUGCAGGAGAAGCAGGCUGCCUGCCAGCGAGAGGUGGCGGCCUUGGAGGAGGAGCUGCGCCGCACCAUGCCUGCGGGCCCUGGCGCCAACUCCCAGUUCACGGAGGUCAAGCUGGAACUCCCCACGGAGGUGCUGGAUGAUGAGGCGAACGCUGACGUCAAGCAGCUCUUGUCCAGUGCGGCCUUCGCCAAGUUCCAGGAGCUCUACAGAAAG